AUGUCUAGGGACAACAACUCCACCACUUUCUUGGAUAACAAUAGCCUUAUUUGUCCUAGCUCUAAUAUCCCUAGCUUCCAUACAACGGCCAGAGUAACAGCCAGAGCCGUGGUAAAGGCAGCUACUGCAACAGUCACAGAAACAGAAACAGAAACCUCAGUACUCAGAGAACAGAUUGAUUGUAUUCUCGACAAUGAAUACUCUCAUGUGAUGGUCGCAUUCGUCAUUGCCACUGGUCUCGCUGCUCUUGUAUCCAUCGCAACCAUCUUCAAUGUCGUCCGCAGUUUUUCAAAAGUCAAGGCCAGCAUGCCAAGUCCUGGAGACGACAAUGGACAUGGCCUGAACCUGUACGGUUGCUACAGGAAAACCCAGGUGCAUUUCAUCUUCAUCAUACUGUUUCUGCUCGGCUGCCUUGCCACCUUCACUCUAGCGACGGCCAAGCUCAUGUCGCUGGGCAGGAUAAAAGGUUCUGUAGACCUUUUGAGUAUUGUCUUUGCCGUCCAAGCCUUGACUUUUCUGUCUGCACUCUUGGCCAGCCGCUCUCUGAUGGAAAAUACCGUCACUAUCUUUGAAGGAAAAGAAGCAGACAUGGCGGUUAACGAGUGGGAUCCCAAGUUGUAG